AUGCGGAAGAAAUCAUCUGCCACAAAAUGUCAAGUAGACGAAGACAAAGUUGCUUCAGAGCCUCUUAACAAUGUAGCCGAUGAGUGUAAUGCUACUCAUAGUGAUACAGAUUCAGAUGUUGUACAGAUUUCGCCUCUUUUCCUUAUGGAUAGUUCAGGUCAUCCCAUUCUACAGGAUGGUACCCCGGUUGUUGAACCUGAAGUAGUUAAUUCUGAGUUGGAAUUUCACUCGGCUAGUACAAGAAAUGAAAAAAAUCGUUUAUCAAAAAUACCUCCAGGAUUUAGUCCAGGUGUAAUGGAUUGUGUAAAAUGUACUGUUUGUCGCUAUAAAAUAGAACCAUUCACUACACCUUUCAGUGUACAUCCAUUCCUGAAAGUAUUACUUUGUAAACGUUGUGGAAGUUAUUGUAAAAAUCAAAAUUUUGCAAAAGAUGAAUCAGGAAAAGAUGAGAAUUGCAAAUGGUGUUCUGAUGGUGGAGAUCUUGUUUGUUGUGAUCACUGUUCAUAUGCAAUUUGUAAAAAGUGUAUCAAGCAAAAUUUAGGAAGAACUUAUCUACGUGAUAUUGAGUCUUUAAGUGAAUCUGAUACAUGGAAUUGUUUUGUAUGUGAUCCAACACCUAUCAAAGCAUUGCAAGAUAGCUGUUCUGAGAUUGUUGCUAAGGUUGCAGAAUAUGAAGCUGUGAGAAGGCGUCGAUCAAUAAAUGCACAAGAGAAAUGUCGAUCACGUUGUAAAGGUCAACCUAAUGAUUUUAAUGAUGAUAAUUUCAUCUCUACAUUGAAUAUGCUGCAUCAUCCUAAUUCAAUACCGAUACAAACCACAUUACAAAUACCUGAUACUCAAUGUAACAGUAUAAAUGUGAAUGAAGGUGGUAAAUUAAGCAAAAUUAAUAACGCAAACAUUUUUGUUAAUCCUACACCGUUAACUACAGAAUCAAUUGACUUGUAUAAUAUUUUUAAUCAAAUAUCUAGUGUUGAUGAAACAAAUAUUAUUACAGCUUUACGAGCCUCUCAAAAGUGUUUAGAUAUCUUUCUUAAAGAUAUACGUCGUUUAGAAAAUAAUUUAAUGCGAAAUCCACCACUUAUGGAUCUAAGUCAAGUGGCUUAUUCAUUUCAAGGGAUUUAUAAAUUUCAUUUAUUUACACGUUUGGGUAAUUUAAUUUCACGUAUACAAGAAGAAGAAGAACUUAUCAAUAAGACAUCUCAAGUUAAUAGACUCCAGACAGUUCCAUUUCAUCCUGUUGGUUUACUUUCUCAAUCAAAUGUUAUACCUGUUUCUAUUCCAAUAUUAACUAAUUCAACUGAUGUCACAAUUGAUUUAACAAAUGAAGAUACCAUUACUAGUAUUGUUUGUAAACCUGAUACUUCAAAGAUGGAAGCAGUGUCCAGUAUAUCUACUGAAAUGUUUCCUAAAUCAAUAGAUACCGUACAGUCAACAACCUUAGUAUCAGAGGAUGAUGAUAAUGAUGAUUAUGAUAGUAACUGUGAUAAAAACAACAACAACAACAAUAACAAACGUAAACCAGUGGAGUCGAAAAGUCAGAAUAAGACAGAUAAUGGAAAGAGGCGCAAAUUGGACAUUAUUGAAUCGAAUAACCAAAAUCCUGAAGAUCAGUUAUCUGAUGAAAAAUCAUCUGAAGAACAAGAGUUGGAGCGAGAAGUGCAUAAUAUGGAGCGCGUUUACACUAGAUCUAUUACUCAUCUAACAGAACAGGUCAAUGGUUAUAAAAAAGAGCUUGAUGAAGUAAAUGAGAAUACUGAAGAACGGGAUAAACAUAUUCAGGAUCAGUUAUCUGAUGAAAAAUCAUCUGAAGAACAAGAGUUGGAGCGAGAAGUGCAUAAUAUGGAGCGCGUUUACACUAGAUCUAUUACUCAUCUAACAGAACAGGUCAAUGGUUAUAAAAAAGAGCUUGAUGAAGUAAAUGAGAAUACUGAAGAACGGGAUAAACAUAUUCAGAAUACUACAAAUAAAAACACUGCUGGUCAACGCAAAAAUCCUCGAUGUAAAACAACUAAUCAAGAGUUAGAUGGAUUUGAAGAUGAUUCAUGGUCCAUUGAAGAUAAUUUAAAUUCAUCACUAAAUAAUAUAGAUGCCAAUUUUGAUGGUUCUGAAUCGAAUGAUCAUUUGAUCUAUGGGGAUGAUGAUACUGCCAGUGAGAUGAAAAUCUCUCGACAAAACCAACUGGACAGUAAAACAAAUGAUUAUUUGCAGAAUUUGAAUGCUCGUGAUGAUUUGCUAAAAUCUAGUUCAGAUGAAAAUGAUAGUGAUAAUGUUGGGGAUAUAGUAAGCGAUGAAAAGGUUAUAGGUAGCAGUAAGAGCGAGAAACAGACGUCUGAUAAUUCUAACCAGCUUAUUAAUGCUACUACUACUACUACUAAUGAUAAUAAUAAUGCUGAUAUUGAUGGUACAUUUGAUCAUGAUCAUUCACUAACUGGUAACUUGAAUGAUUCUCAUGAGGAGACACCUUUGGUUACUGAUUCAGAAACGAGUAUAGGUGCAUCCUAUCCAGUUGUGCAUUUAACCCGUCUUAUCAAAGCCGCUUUAAAUCAAAAUAUGAAUGAUGAUGAUGAUGAUGAUGGCAAAGUGAUUAAAGCUCGUUGUUCAACACUUGAUGAUACCAGUGGUGCUGCUGCUGCUGCUACUGCCGAUAAUGAUGAUGAUAAUGAAAAUACAGAUGAUAAAGAUAGUCAGUCAGAAUUCCGUUCUAAUGGUAAAGAUAUUGUAAGUUCUAGAAAUUCUAAUAGUCAUCAAAAAAUGAGACGCUUACCCUCCAGUUCUGAAUCUGAUGAUAAUAAGCAUAAUAAUGAUGAUGAAAGUAAACAAGGCUUCUCUAAUGAGUCAAGUGAUUCUGAGCCACUCAAAGUUAGACGGAAAGGAUCAACUUCUCAUCGAACUAUGAGAUCACAAAGACGACUAUCAAACAAAUCAGCUGUUCGUCAUUCUGAUAAUGAUUAUGAAGGUGGACUAAGCUUAUCUAAUGUGUCAAGUAAUUCUGAGCCAUCCAAAGUUAAACAGAAGAAAUUAACCUCUCAUCGAACUAUGAGAUCACGAAGACGAGCAUCAAACAAAUCAGCUGUUUGUCAUUCUGAUAAUGAUGGUGAUGAUAAUGAUGACACUGUUGACCAUCAUGAUAAUGACACAGAGAAAGAAGAAGAGAAAAAAGGGAAAGUGAAGCUGGAGGAUUUCAGUUCAUCAUCUGAUGAGAUGGACAACAUAGACCGUCGACGCAAACCUUGUCAUAAGAGAAGACGGAGACGUUUACGGAAAGAAAAUUCAGAUGAUGACAAUGGUGAAGAUGAACAAAAAGAUAACCUAAAGGAUGAGAAAAACAAACAACAAAACGAUGAGCAGGAAAAUGAUGAUACACUGGAUGCUAAAGGUCGCAAAAAGAUUAGAAGAAUUUAUAAUAAUAACCGGUUGUCUGAAACUACAAAGGCUGCGGAAGCUAGUGAACAAGAGCGUCGACGUCGUUUAGCUGAAAGACAGAAAAUGUAUAAUGACUUUAUUGUUCAAGAUGGUGAAGGAAUCAAUUCAGUUACAACGAAAUUGAUUUUAGAUCCCGGUGAUCCUGUUGUUGAAGUUCAUCCAGAUAUAUUAAAACACCUGAAACCGCAUCAAGUUGAAGCUGUUCGCUUUCUAUGGGAUUGUACCAUAGAGUCAGUAGAGCAUCAAAAGUCAGGUAAUGAAUCUUCAUCUGCUUCUGGAAACGGUGCAAUUCUCGCUCAUUGUAUGGGACUAGGCAAAACGCUAUCUGUGAUCUCAUUUUUACACACACUACUCAGAUAUCCGGAACAAUUAAAUAUUCGAACAGGUUUAAUUAUAUGUCCAGUCAAUACAUUACUCAAUUGGAAACAUGAAUGGGAAAUAUGGUCACCUGAAGAUGAACCUACUGAUGUAUUCGAAUUGGCUUCAAAGAAUAGUAAUAGACUUAAGUUGGAUAUUAUAAAGCAUUGGCACAAAAAAGGUGGUAUCCUUCUUAUUGGUUAUGAUAUGUUUCGUAAUUUUGUUAUGACAUUAAUGAAACGAACAAAGAGUAAAGGUGUCAGAAAUACAAUAUCUUCAUCUCUUCUCAAUCCUGGACCAGAUAUAGUUGUGUGUGAUGAGGGUCAUUUAAUGAAAAAUGCUAAAUCACAUAUCGCGAAAGCUGUUUCACAAAUUCGUACCUCUAAACGUGUUAUACUGACUGGAACACCUUUACAAAAUAACCUUAAUGAAUAUCAUGCAAUGGUUGAUUUCGUCAAGCCAAAUUUACUAGGUACUCUUAAAGAAUUCAACAAUCGUUUUGUCAAUCCAAUCAAAAAUGGUCAACAUUCAAAUUCUACACCAAGGGAUGUGAAUGUAAUGAAGAAAAGAGCUCAUAUUUUAUAUAAAACGCUAGAUGGAUGUGUUCAGCGUAAGGAUUAUAGUGUACUAACUAAAUAUCUACCACCUCGAUAUGAAUAUGUGAUUAUGUGUAGAUUAACAGAAGUUCAGCAAGAUUUAUAUGCAUACUUCUUAGAAAAUCUUGAUAACCUUGACUCAAAUACAUCAAAAAAUCAUGAUGAAACUUAUCAUCGUAAAACAUUAUUCAUGGUUCAACAAACAUUAUAUCGUAUAUCUACACAUCCGCAUGCAUUACGUAUACAUGAAACAAAAGAAGCCCGUAAAAUGCUUCUUAUGGAUAAAGACAGUUUCAUUGAUGAUUCAGAAAAUUCAUCCGACUCUUCUUCACGUCAUUUAGCAUCAUCAAACAAUAGUGAUAGUGAAAAAAAUAUUGCUGAUUUAGAUGAAGAUAGUGAAAAUGAAAAACUAUUGUCUACAAUUGAUAAUAAUAAUAAUAAUAAUAAUACAUAA